AUGACCCACAUGAUACACAAUGGCCUCGCGAACGACGUAGGCGUCGAAGACGAUGGAGGCAAUCCAAUUCCGCUGGUCAUUGUUGAAGGCUUUCUGGGUGGGAUAGCAAGAGUUGCGGGAGGGAACUUUGAGUCAUACAUGAAUGGAGGUGCAACGAAAGGGGGCACAAAAGCGAAGAAGAGACGCAGGGUCAUGUUCGCGAACGUUGGCCCGGUGAGCUCUCUUCACGACCGCGCUUGCGAACUAUUCUACGAACUAAUAGGAGGACAAGUUGACUAUGGAGCGGAACAUGCAUGUCGGAACGAGCAUGCACGGUAUGGACGCCUGCAUUCAGACGCCCUUUAUCCUGGCUGGUCCAGGGAACGACCCUUGCACUUUCUGGGACACUCGGUGGGAGGCAUGACGAUAAUUAAACUUCAACAGCUGUUGCACGACGGGUUUUUUGGGCACGAAUACCACCCCGACAUGGUCUUGUCCGUGAAUACAGUCUGCUCGCCAUUCCGCGGGACACAGAUUGUGUAUCUGCUCGGCGAGCGCGCAGACGCGGCCCCAUCGGUGCACCGUCUUUCCGUCGGCUCAGCGCUGGCGAAAUGCGUUCACCUUCUCUCAUACAUAUCCCCGAUUAUCUCCCGUCUCGUCGAUCUUCGUACCGAAUCCCGCGGCCUCUCGUACCGUGAGAUGUCUCUCUUCUCGCUUGCCAAACAGCUGUGGAAGAGCGACUGGGCGGAAAGCACAGAUGCCCUCCCCUAUGAUGUAACAUUCCAAGCUGCCGAUGAAAGGGAAUCGAGAGGAGAAGGCGUGCCGCAUCGCCAUACGUUUUACCGGAGCUAUGUCACUCAAUUAACAAGGAAGAAAGGAAUGACACCCGCAGCUCUCUGGGCUUUUUUGGAGCGCAUCUUAACCAGCCCGCUGUACAUGUUCUCCUACCUGAUGGGAUCAUUCGAUUUUUCCAGGAUCCAACCUUCACCUUCCUUUCUCAAUCAACAUUCAAUGUCGUCCUAUGAAUGCAACUCAGACAAAAUGCAUUGCGAUGUCGAAAACGAGAUCUUGAUUCAGAAGCCAGGAGAAGAGCAUCGGGAAAAUGACGGGGUUGUUCCGUUAUUUUCACAAUGGCAUCCUCAUGAUUGCAGCUCAGCACGAUGUCAACAUCACGCAUUUGGCGAUCCCCGACCUCCGCAGUAUGAGCGAGGAAUCUGGUACGUGUACGACCUGGAGCAAGGGCACCACGCUUCCAUCUUGCCUCUCUGGUUAGGUACCCAGCGUCAAAAACAAUUCUGGACAGAUAUUGGCGACUGGAUGUCUUUUAUUGACGCUUCCUUGUAG